AUGCGGUGGCUGUGGCCGCUGGCCAUCUCUCUGGCCAUGGUGUCGGCCACGGGGCUGAGCAUUGUCUCUGGGGCCGCCCCCCUGCACCGGGGCAGGCUCCCAGCAGAGGCCCCGGAACAGAUCCGCCGGCCCAAGAGGGGCGCCGAGGAUGAGGAGCCCAGGGGGGUGCAGCAAUAUGUGCCCGAGGAGUGGGCCGAUUUCCCCCGGCCCUUCCGCCCUGCUGGCCUGCAGCCCACCGAGCCCCUGGUGGCCACCAGCCCCCACCCAGACGACGCCGGUGGGGACGCCCCAGGCCGCGGGCCGGAGCCGCGGGGCAAUCUGACAGGGGUGCCUGGCCAGAGGUUGCGGAUGCAGAACCCACUGUACCCGGUGACCGAAAGCUCCUACGGCGCCUACGCGGUCAUGCUGCUGGCCUUGGUGGUGUUCGCCGUGGGCAUCGUGGGCAACCUGGCUGUCAUGUGCGUCGUCUGGCACAGCUACUACCUGAAGAGCGCCUGGAACUCCAUCCUGGCCAGCCUGGCCCUCUGGGACUUCCUGGUCCUGUUCUUCUGCCUCCCCAUCGUCAUCUUCAACGAGGUCACCAAGCAGAGGCUGCUGGGGGAUGUCUCCUGCCGGGCCGUGCCCUUCCUGGAGGUCUCCUCUCUGGGGGUCACCACCUUCAGCCUCUGCGCCCUGGGCAUCGACCGCUUCCACGUGGCCACCAGCACGCUGCCCAAGGUGCGGCCCAUCGAGCGGUGCCAGUCCAUCCUGGCCAAGCUGGCCGUCAUCUGGGUGGGCUCCAUGACGCUGGCUGUGCCCGAGCUCCUGCUGUGGCAGCUGGUGCAGGAGCCCUCCCCCACUGCGGGCACCGUGGACUCGUGCGUCAUGAAGCCCUCGGCCAGCCUGCCCGAGUCCCUCUACUCGCUGGUGAUGACCUAUCAGAACGCCCGCAUGUGGUGGUACUUCGGCUGCUACUUCUGCCUGCCGGUCCUCUUCACGGUCACCUGCCAGCUGGUGACGUGGCGCGUGCGGGGCCCGCCGGGGAGGAAGCCGGAGUGCCGGGCGGGCAAGCAUGAGCAGUGCGAGAGCCAGCUUAACAGCACCGUGAUGGGCCUGACUGUGGUCUAUGCCCUGUGCACACUGCCCGAGAACGUCUGCAACAUCGUGCUUGCCUACCUGUCCUCUGAGCUCACCCGCCAGACCCUGGGCCUGCUGGGCCUUGUCACCCAAUUCUCCACCUUCUUCAAGGGGGCUGUCACCCCCGUGCUCCUGCUGUGCGUCUCCCAGCCCCUGGGCCGGGCCUUUCUCGACUGUUGCUGCUGCUGCUGUGAGGAGUGUGGUGGGACGGAGGCCGCGGCCGCCCCCGGCUCGGACAGCAAGCUCAAGACGGAGAUGUCGUCCUCUAUCUACUUCCACAAGCCCAGGGAGUCGCCCCCGCUCCUGCCCCUGGGCACGCCUUGCUGA